CGGCCACUCCGCGAGGCUUCUGCCCGCCCUUUGCCUCUUGCGAGGAGGCCGCGGCGGAGUCCGCGGCGCUGCUUCUCCUCGCCCCAACAGCCCUGUGAGGUAGUGCAGGCCGAGACGCUCUGGCCUGCCCGUGGCCGAAGGGGGACUGGAACCCGCGCCUCCGGCACUCGGGGCACGGCGCGAGCUGUGCGUGCGUGUGAGUCGGGCCACGUUCAGUCUUGGGCAAUCUUGAGGCCUUGGGCUGCGGAAAUUAGUUGUCCCAAUGAAACAAGCUAAAUAUGGCAGACGUAAGUCCUAUAGUUUUCAGUAGGACUCACUUGAUCCUCAGCUAGACUUUCGCCCCACUAACGUGCAGCCUCUUCAAGAUAUUUCGGAAGGUAGUGAGGUAUCUGAAAUAUAUACGGAGGUUUAUCUUUGAGAUUUGAGUGAGGUGAGGGUGAAUUAUUUCAUUCCACUUAAUGGAAGAACUGAAAGUGUCUGUAAAGUCUGUUUCUCGAGCAGUUAUGCCUUGGCCAGCUAUCAGUGCAGGACUCUUUAAAAACAUAGAAACUGAGCAAGUCAGAAGGGGCCUCCCGGGCCACCUAAUCUCACCCCCAGCUCCAGCCAGCUCUGCUUAUGAUAUGCUUACCAUGUUCAUGCCCAGCCUAACCUUGAACCCCUCACCAGUGGGGCUUCAACCACCUCCCGUGAACGCCCAUUUGAUACCAUAGGAGUCCUAACUGUCAGGAAGUACUUCCUAGCUGGAACAUUCACAUAAUAGAAAUUGAAGAAGGCAUAUAGGCAGCUACAGCAGGGAACAAUCUACAGAACAACAAACAUCCAACAUAAAACAAAAACCCAAAAACAAGUGCCACUGCAGUCCGAUACAGAAUGGUCAAGAGAAGACCACAAGGCAUAAUGGUAAGCUUUCUGGGCCUUCCUAAAAGCCCUCAGUGAUGGCACCUUAUUAGCUUCCAAACCUCAUGAGCGGAAAGAAAAAAUCCUUUGAUUGGCUGUACAAAAGCACAAGUAUCAAGCUGAAGGAAAACAUAGAACAGCUUUUCACAAAGUUUGUGGAGGAAGGAAAAGCCACGGUCCGCCUGAGAGAACCAGCGGUAGACGUCUGCAUCAGCAAGGCAAAUGUCCGUCAGCUGAAGGCCUUCCUCUCCGCAGCGAAGCUGGCUCACCAAGGCGCCAGUGAGGAAACGUUGCCACUCUCCACCUUGGUCACACCAAAAGCUUCCGAAGUUGAGAAACCAAAAACUAGGAUGCUCAUAACAUCCAGGCGGGAUUACCCGUUGGCCCGGGACUUUCCGUACUCGCUGGAGCAUCUGCAGGCCUCCUACUGCAAGUUAGCCCACGUCGACAUGCGCAUGCUUUGCCUGAAAAAGCUCCGGAAGCUGGACUUGAGCCACAACCGCAUCAAGAAGCUGCCAGCGACCAUUGGGGACCUCGUGUGCCUUCAGGAACUCAACCUGCAGGACAACCAGUUGGAGUCGUUCGGUGUGGCUUUGUGUAACUCCACGCUCCAGAAGUCGCUCCAGUCUCUAGAUCUCAGCCAGAAUAAAAUCCAGGCACUUCCAGCUCAGUUUUGCCGCUUACGGGAGCUCGUUCACUUGAAGUUAGAUGACAACAGCCUAAUUAGGCUGCCAUUCCAGAUUGGACAACUGAGGCAGCUCCGCUUCUUGUCUGUGGCUCGGAAUAAGCUCCCAUUUUUGCCCAGCAGCUUUGCAAAGCUCUCCCUAGAGAACCUAGACUUGUUCGGCAAUCCUUUCACGCAUCCCAGGCCGCUCAUUCCCGACAUACAGCUAAACGUGCCCUUGACCUUGUUAGAAUGCGCUGCAAGAGCGACAAUCAAUUACAGGCUUCCCUAUGGCUGCCACAUCCUCCCUUCGCACCUCUGCGACGACCUGGACAUGGCAAAGAGCUGCCAGUGCGGGCAGGCCUGCUUGAGCUGCUUCAUUCAGACGACGGAGACGAUGAACCUGCACAGCGUGGCGCACACGGUCGUCCUCGUGGACAAUAUGGGCAGCACCGAGGCCCCCGUUCUCCGCUACUUCUGCUCUCUGACUUGCUACUCCCAGUUUCUAGACAGACAUCUGCAGAGCACCCGGUGACCUUAAGCCAACACCACGUACGGGCUGAGAAGUCUCACUCCGUGGUGGGACAGACACUUGCUGAGCACAGUUGUGUGGUGUUGAGGGCAAGGACGCCAUGUCAGAGACACCAGGGUUCAGCCAACAGACCUGCACAUGGUUCACCUUUCUGUUUUCAUCACCCGGAAAGAGGAAUGAAUGCCAGGCUUGGCAUUUCCAUCGACCGCAGCUUGGUUUGGUAGAGGCUGCAUGUUUGUUUAAGCUCUGCUGUUUGCACAGAUCAGGGGAGCUGUUUGUCUCUGAGUUAUGGAAGAAGUUGGGUGUGGUUCCUGAGGCCAAGUGUGUGCGGCUUCACCUUCAGAGCUGCUUAACACUGUGAACGCGAUCAGCGUUUUAAAGCAAGAACCUUUCUCAUUUCAUGCAAGGAAUCUUCCUCCUGAAAAUAUAUGUAUUUAAGACACAAUCGUAUGCAUGCUUAGUCCGGAAAAAGGGGCCUGCCACUCCCUGGACCGUGUCAGGAGUUGCAGGUCUUUGCUUUUCCUCUAAAUGUGCAUUGGCUUGCACCCUUGGUUAUACUUUUCUGGGUACAGAGCCCUGCUGUUGAAAAUACGUUUAAAACAGGAAGUUUGUCCUUUCUGAAUAUUAGAUUGUGCAGAACAUGUCCUGCAGCUCUCCGGGUUUGUUCAGCACUGUUGGAACUAUUUGCUGAACAUGGUGCUCCGAUGAACACACAGUAUUAUGACUGUUUUACAAAUUGGUGUACAUGUGUGAUUUUUAUACCUUUGUCGAAAGAAAAUUUAUUAUGUACACGACUAAUCAUGUCUGCUGUUCUUGACGCAAAACUAUAAUCUGUGAGAACAGCGACUGUAAAAGCCACUUGGUUUGUUAAUCUGUUUAUCAGGAACCGUUUUCCUUGGUUCGAAAUACAUUUGUGUAGUGUGUGUGGAUGGCACUACAAUGCAGAAAUGGUAGCUUUUGCCAGUAAGGUAUUUCAUGCAGGGGAGGGAAGAGAUCAGGGCCCUGCUAAGGAAGAUUUUCCCAGUAAAACUGUACGAAGAAGCUGGUUUCCAAUUUCACUGUGCAUUACUUGAAGCAGCUCUGUAUUACUACCUGGUGAAACCCUCUUAUUUUACAUGAAAAAAUAAAGAUUUUGAAAUGGC